UCCUCCCGCGAGACGGGGGCGGGGAAGCACGUGCCCAGGGCCCUGUUCGUGGACCUGGAGCCCACCGUCAUCGACGAGAUCCGGACUGGGGCCUACCGCUCGCUCUUCCACCCGGAGCAGCUGAUCAGCGGCAAGGAGGACGCGGCCAACAACUACGCCCGGGGCCACUACACCAUCGGGAAGGAGAUCAUCGACGCCGUGGUGGACCGGACUCGCAAAAUGGCUGACCAGUGCAGCGGCCUUCAGGGGUUCCUGGUCUUCCACAGCUUCGGUGGCGGCACGGGCUCGGGAUUCACGUCGCUCUUGAUGGAGCGUCUCUCGGUGGAGUUCGGGAAGAAAUCCAAGCUGGAGUUCUCAGUGUACCCUGCCCCGCGGGUCUCCACGGCGGUGGUGGAGCCCUACAACUCCAUCCUGACCACCCACACCACGCUGGAGCACUCAGACUGCUCCUUCAUGGUGGACAACGAGGCCAUUUAUGACAUCUGCAACCGGAACCUCAACGUCGAACGCCCCUCCUACCUCAACCUGAACCGGCUGAUCGCCCAGAUCGUCUCGUCCAUCACGGCCUCCCUGAGGUUCGACGGCGCCUUGAACGUGGACCUCACGGAGUUCCAGACCAACCUGGUGCCCUAUCCCCGCAUCCACUUCCCCCUCACCACCUACGCGCCCAUCGUCUCGGCGGAGAGGGCCUACCACGAACAGCUCUCGGUGCCGGAGAUCACCAACGCCUGCUUUGAGUUCUCCAACCAGAUGGUGAAGUGCGACCCGCGCCGGGGCAAGUACAUGGCCUGCUGCCUGCUCUACCGGGGGGACGUGGUGCCCAAGGACGUCAACGCUGCCAUUGCCACCAUCAAAACCCGGCGCUCCAUCCAGUUCGUGGACUGGUGCCCCACCGGCUUCAAGGUGGGCAUCAACUACCAGCCGCCCACGGUGGUGCCGGGCGGGGACCUGGCCAAGGUGCAGCGGGCCGUCUGCAUGCUGAGCAACACCACGGCCAUCGCGGAGGCCUGGGCCCGGCUGGACCACAAGUUCGACCUGAUGUACGCCAAGCGGGCCUUCGUGCACUGGUACGUGGGGGAGGGCAUGGAGGAGGGGGAGUUCUCCGAGGCCCGGGAGGACAUGGCUGCGCUGGAGAAGGAUUACGAGGAGGUGGGCAGGGACUCGGCCGACGGGGAGGAGGUGGAAGAGGACGAGUACUGACUGAUGCAUGUGGAGGCGGAUGCGGCCGACUCUCCCUGCCCAGGAGGGCGGAGUUCCAGCAAGUAGGGAUGUAAAAUCCCACCGCUUCAGGGAGCGGGUUACACGGUAGUUUUGACCUAACUUGUAACCGAUUCACUGCUUAAGCGGCAUCUGGGUGGGGAUCACUCCAACCCAGCUGGAACAUCCUUCAGGGCUCUCCCCCACCCCCACCCCACGUAGGGCUGGCUCCCAGCCCUGCAUUGGGUCUGGGUUGCUUCCAGUUCUCAGCCCCUGUCCAGGGCGAACAGGGAGCCGCUCCUCUGCUCCUGCCCCCUCUGGUUACCGGUUCCCCCGGACCGAUG